AUGACAGCAUCGUCGUUGAUGCUGCGAAGCGCCACAAGAAAAGUAUUUACAGUUUCUGACCGUGUAGGAAAGAAAUGGCUUGGUUCUAGCAGCAAGCCGUUGACACGUGCUGCGGAUUUCUCUUCCAAGAGCGGUGAUGGGAUCAUUGGGGAUUUGGACAGCCAUCUUCAUCCAAUUCCUUUGCCCGCCGUCGCCUACGAUUACGACGAUGAUGAUUACGAAUUAGAAGAAGGAGACACCAGCAAUACUACCACAAGUUUUGCGUCUCUUUCUAAUGACAGCAGCAAAUCAAAAGCACCCAUCCUUUUGAAUUCUUUGGAUCCUAAAUCUUCCUCUCUGUUUACCGGAGGAGGCAACAAGACUGGACCCAGACUUGCUAAUCCUUAUCCAGCUCCUUCUUCCAUCGGAGCCAAAACCGCAGGACCGAUACGUAAAGUCGGAGGUGGCGGUGGAGGAAGCGGAAGUAAUUUACGACCCGAUUGUCCCAAGUGUGGUGCGACGGUCACCUUUCGAUGUGAUUUUGAAGACAACACUUACUAUUGUGCCAGUUGUUCGGGAUGGUUCAUGGCCAAUCCUAAUACCAUUAUUGGAAGCGAUGGAAAGAUGCAUGAAGGUGGAUCUGUAUAUGAUGAAUUCAUUGCCAGGACUGGUGGAGGAAUCAAGCAGGAGGAUAUGACGAUGCGUCGGGCCACUGAUGAUGCCAGAGGAUAUGCCGGGGGGUCUCAAGGAGUAUCAAUACCUCCCGAACUCCCACCAGGACUCGAAGCACAUCCCUCCGAUCCCGGUGGGAGUCCUCAUCCUCCUCAGCCCGUCAAACGUAUGCCCACGCCUAAAGAAAUCAGAAAGGGGUUGGACGAAUAUGUGAUUGGCCAGAGCAAUGUCAAGAUUGCCCUUUCUGUUGGUGUCUACAAUCACUACAAGCGAAUUUUUGUAUCGGAAGCACAAGCUUCGGUAGAAAGUCGCAGAACAACGCAUGUGGAUCAAGACGAGUACUAUCCACUGCGAGCCGAAGGAGGAGGAUUGUCUGAUCUGAAUUUGGGGCAAUAUGGAAGUACCAAACCUACCAGCAUGGACACGAGUCCCAACAUGGAUACUAAUAAGAAUGACAUUACGGACGAGGACUUUGGAACUGACGUGGAGGAUGUGGAAAUCGAUAAGAGUAAUAUUAUGUUGUUGGGUCCAACUGGUUCGGGAAAGACACAUUUGGUCAAGACGUUGGCACGAUUGAUUGAUGUGCCUCUGGUGAUUUCGGAUGCGACUUGCUUGACACAAGCAGGUUAUGUGGGAGAAGAUGUAGAGAGUAUUCUAUUCAAGCUAUAUUUGGAGAGUGGACAAGACGUUGAGAGAUGUCAAAAGGGAAUUGUGUACAUUGAUGAAACAGACAAGAUUCGAAAAUCCGGAGGCAAUGUCAGCAUUAGUCGUGAUGUCUCGGGAGAAGGGGUACAACACGCUUUGCUCAAGAUCGUAGAGGGCAAUGUAGUCAAUGUUCCCAAGGAACCAGGUCGCAAGAAUCCACGUGGGGAUUUCUUGCAGAUUGAUACAACCAAUAUUCUGUUUAUUUGUGGAGGUGCCUUUGCGGGGCUGGAGCGAAUUGUCAACCAUCGAACCAACGCUGCAUCGAUUGGUUUUGGUGCCGAGAUGAAGCGAGAAGUGGAAGAUCCCAAAAUCCAAGGCCAAUGUUUCGAUGAUGUCAUUCCCAAGGAUUUGGUCGAAUUUGGAAUGAUUCCAGAAUUUGUUGGACGUUUCCCCGUCAUUGUAUCCACAAAGGGCUUGGACUUGGACAAUCUCUGUGACAUUUUGACCGAGCCCAAGAACUCAAUUGUCAAGCAAUAUCGCCGUCUCUUUGCCAUUGAUGAUGUCAAAUUCCACAUUACUGACUGUGGACUGAAAGAAAUUGCCAAGACUGCCUUCAAGCGCGGUACUGGAGCCAGAGGUCUCCGAUCUAUUACUGAUCAAGUUCUCAUGGAGACACAAUAUGUCGUUCCAUCUUUGGACAAUGUUCAUACUGUAUACCUGGAUGCGGCAGCAGUUCGUGGUGAACAACCACCUAUGCUUCUCAUGGAUCCAGAAAUCACUGUCGAGAAAUACGAAUCGUUGAAGGCACGAGAGGCUGUUAUCGAGGGAGUAGUCCCAGUGGAUAUCAACCGAGAGUCGACGAUCAGCGAAGAAGAUGAUGAAGCCGCCUAA